AUGGCAACCUUUGAGGAGCCUUUUCGCAGCCUGUGGUUCUGCCAGGAUGACAUCAAGGACUUGUACAAGAAGACGGCAUCGCCUGACCCGCUAAAGGCCUAUCUGAAGCUUCUGGUCCAGGUCCUGGACGAUUUGUUCCGUGAAAUGACCAUCAAGCGACGCAACAUCCAGACGAGCCGUCUGGUCGACUUCAGGACAGCUUGGACCUUGUUUCCGCGAGGCUCGACGGUGUACAGCUUCGGCAUCAACGCAGAGUUCUUAGCCAAGGUCGAGGGCACCGUCUACGUAAACAAGAACUCCGGCAACUCUCUGCAAGUCAAGGCCAAGGUGCUCAAGUUCACUGGCGAGAAGUUUGUUUGGCAAGAGGUCAUACUCCCAAUACUCGAGUUUGAGGGCAAUAGGCCAAUUGUUGAACUGGGCCAUUAUCCGCUCGAAUUUCACUCCAGCCCGGAGGACGUCAAGCGACGUCUGACAGGUCGCGGCCGCAAAGUUCUCGACCUUCAAGGCCUUCAAUAUUGCUUGUACAAUGGCAUUGCUCUCCAUGAUACCGGCAAGGAUUGUUAUGAGAAGCAUAAUGUGCAGGGUCGAAUCCUUCUCGAUGCUGUCGGGUACAACAAGUACCAUCUGGCCAAGGGAAAGCGAGAAAAUGACAAGAAAGACGACGAUGAUGACUGGAACUUUAGGCUGUUUGACUCGGAUUCUGACUCAAGCUCUGACUCCGGCUCGGAUCCGUUGAACGGGACGUCUGCUGCUAAGCGGACUGUGGACUUUUACGUCGAAGAUGUCGAUCCCAUGGCCUGGAACGACACGGCCUUCUCUCACCUCGUCUACGAUGACCAGCAGAAAGACCUCGUCCUCUCCUUUGUCCAGAACCACAACUCCCAUCGCCAAACAGCCUCACCCACAUCCUCCUCAUCCUCCUCCUCCGCCCUCUCAGCCUCCAAUGGCCCUCCUGCCCCCAUGGAAGACGUCAUCGUCGGCAAAGGCCAAGGCCUCAUCAUCCUGCUCUCCGGCCCUCCGGGGACCGGCAAGACCCUUACCGCAGAGGCCGUCGCUGAUCGCACCCACCGCCCGCUCUUCUACCUGCAGGCCGAAGAUCUCGGCAUCAACGCGGCAUCCCUCGGCGCGAACAUCAAGCGCGUGUUCGAGAUGGCGACGGAGUGGAACGCCGUCAUUUUACUUGACGAGGCCGAUGUCUUCAUGGCCGAGCGCAAUCCCAAUGACAUUCACCGGAACGAGCUGGUUAGCAUCUUCCUACGGGAGCUCGAGUAUUUCCGCGGCAUCAUCUUUCUCACGACCAAUCUGUAUCAUACCAUUGACGCUGCGUUCCGUAGCAGGGUCAGCUUGCACUUGCUGUUCCAGUCGCUGAAUAGGGGGGCUAGGGAGACUGUUUGGCGCAAGUUCUUGCAGCGACUGCCGGAGCAGAAGGAAUUCGAGGUCUCGCCACAUGAGCGAGACGAGCUUUCCAUUCUCAACGGACGAGAGAUCAAGAACGCGGUGCGCAUGGUCAAGAGCUGGUGCGACCACAAGGGCUAUGCAAUGACACUGGAGAGGUUGGAGAGUGGAAUCAAGGUGACGACUCCGCAUGCCACCAAGGAGGGUGACAUUGACAAGGAUCUGUACGAGUAGCUACCGUGACGGCUUCGAGUUGCCGGCACAUGUGUGUACUGGAUGUGG